GCCUUACAAUCCUUAUACACUCUCCUCAAACACAAGCUACUUGUCAAGUCGCCGUCUCUGCGUCAGCGGUCAUCGUCGAUUCCGGCCUGUUGGUCGCCUGUCCACUCUUCACCGAUGGCUAGAAAAGGUCGGUUUACCAAGAAAGCUAGAUCAGGACCAGCAUGCCAGCAAUCUCAAAAGGCUCCGGCUCUGGCUCUGGCUACGUUUCCGGCUUCGGAUGUCCACCAAGUUGACUCUGAAAUUCCCCCAGCAAGCUGUGGUAGUGUCCAUACUACCGUACGCCCGUUCCGUCCACCGCGCAGUGAACCAAGGCCUGCUCCACAGACGAGUACUUACAGCAGUCAGAACUCGAAGCCGGGACACGUACACUUGGAAUGCAAUGCUCAUGAGGAGGAUUCUAUUGAUCAAGAAGUUGAAAACAUCUCUGUUGCUUCUAGAGCUCAGAGUCGGAAAGGACGGAAGACCACAGAGUAUUGGGCGGUUAAGAUCAUCGAUUCCAAUGGCACAAUCAAGCCGGCUAAACUGAGUGUGAGGGAGGCUAUGGAGCGGCCCAAUGGUAGAAGAAUCAUGCUUAGGUUCAACAGUGAAAAACAAGCAGUUGGAGACGAAGCUGGACUGUUGAGCGGCGUUCUUGGCAUGCUGGGAUCUGAUUACGGAAAAUUUCCUAUAUGUGAGGAAAGUUGGCGUCAUGUUACCACUAAAGAAAAAGUUUAUUACGAAUGUGUCAAGCAAAUCUUCCAGUUUGAUGAAGAUAGUGAAGGAAUCAUAAAAAAAAAUAUUUUGAAAAGCAUGGGGAAGUCCUGGAAAGAUACAAGGUUGAGGUUGUAUGAUGAUUGCUACGAGCCAACACUAUCGAUUGAAGAAAAUAUCGAGAAUCGUCCCCCUAGAAUUGAUCGAGAUCACUGGAGAUGGUACCUUGAUUAUCGCGCCAAACCUGAGACCAAGGAGAAGUGCAAGAAAAAUGCAAUAAAUCGGUCAAAACAGCUGUAUACCCACACUGGCGGUUCGAAAAGCCUGGUUCGGCAGAGGGAAGAAGAGUCAGAACAAGAAGGAAGGAUAAUCGGUAGAGGAGAGCUGUGGAUCAAGGUUCAUAAAAAAAGGGAUGGCUCUUAUAUUAAUGACGAGGCAAGAGAAAUUGGUGAAAAACUUCUGGAGAUUGAGCAACUGGAUGAGUCUUCUAGAGUCUUGUCCCAAAAUGACUCCCUUGCUCAGGUUUUCGGAAGAGAGAAACCGGGUAGAAUGCGUGGAGUGGGUUUCGGACCGACUCCUAGUCAACUCUUUGGUACAAAUUUCCAACCGUCAGUAAACAGAGUCCAAGAAGAGGAGACGCAAAGGAAGCUGAAUGAACUACAGACAGAACUGAAAGCCGAGAAGUUGAAAAGAAAGGCGAUGGAAGAUGAAGCAGCAGCAGACAAGAAAAGGAUAAAGGUAAUGCAGAGUGCUUUGAUUUAUCUUUUUCAACGGCAGGGUGAGGAGCUGCCACCAGAGAUUGCUGCAGGGAUGUGUUCAACAGAAUGAUAUAGUAAAAAAUAGUACUUUAGGAUUGAAAUUAUUUUGGAUUGAUGCAUACUUUUUUUAAAGUAGACUUUGCAACUCUUAGCAAGAGAGAUAUUUUGUUGAUAUUUUGAUAAAUACAUUUUGGU